GUGUACACCAAGUCAAAUAAAUUUGCAUGAAAUUUGCAUUGAUUGACGACCAGUUACAGUCAGGACUGAAAGUAUUGGGUUCAGAAAUCAAUGACAGGACGACAUAGUGAAAGUCAUCGCGAGUAGGUGAAAUUAAGGGUCUUGUGAUGGCAUCAAAUCUGACUCCUGGAUUUCAUGUAAUGAGUGAUCUCCUGACUGUCCGUGAGAAAGGUAUCCUCUUCGCUCUGCUCGAACCUCAGUGUAAGCUGAUCAAAAGUACAGUAGCCCAGGUACUGGUGGACAAAGACACCCAGGAUGAGAGUCCAGGCUGGAGUUGUUUGGGUUGUGGCUCGGUGUGUCUCAUUGAGGAUAAGUCCAUUCACACACACUUCCUGCGUCUGUACUGUGUCAAGCGUGCCAAGUUACUGUGGGAGCAGGAACUGUACACCCCAUUCAUGUACACAGCAACAAGCAUGUUCUUCCACACGUUCCCUGCAGAUGGCCAUCAUGUAGGCCUCAACUUUGCAGAAGAGACCGAGGCAGAGGAAUUUCACCUGGCAGUGGAGGCUGCCCAAAGAAACCGAGAAAAGAUGACCAGGAUGAGUGAAAGAACAAAUGCUGAAAACAAGACAACAAGUGAUCCUCCUGAUUCAGGAAUUAAGCCACUUGACCAUUUGGACAAAGAGCAACAUUUCCCCAUGAACGCACCAUCCCCACCAUCCCCACCGGUUACACUAACUACCAGUUCAGAGUUUAAGGAUCUUAACCGCCCUAUGAGGAGGCUGUCGAUGCAGUCAAGACAUGAUGAGAAAGACCUGAAAGACAAAGACAUCACUGAAGCUGUCGACUGCAUCAUCAACCAAUUUGGACUGAAGGCUGUGCAGAGAGAGCUGAGGAGCAGAGGCUCAGUAUCUCAGACAUUCCCGAGAGCUGCAGGGGGGUCCAUCUCGCUUGCUCUGAGGAAAGGGCCUUUGCCACCGGUUCCCUCCGUCAAAGGCAGCACAGCCUCCCAGCAGACAUCACAGUGCACUGACACACUACACCUGAUUCAGAUUCCCCCUUGUCCUCCUCCUCCUGCUCAUCCUGCUCCUCCUCCUCCUCCUGCUCAUCCUGGUCCUCCUCCUCCUCCUCCUCCUCCUCCUGCUCCUGCUCCAGUUCUCCCAGAGAGGAUCAGAAAGAGUGUAACUUUCAAACAGGUGGGCUCUUCAGCAGUUGCAGAAGCAAGUGACCCUAUUCUGACUUCACUGAGAGAAGUAUUCAGACAAAAGCAGCUGCUCCGGCAAAGGUCAAGUACAGAUGGGAGUCAAAUGUAGCCGGACACUAAUAGAGAAGAGCACCUUUAAACAAAUGUGUGAUAUAGAUGAGAUGCUGCGUGUUGUCUGUUAUUCUCACACAAACCUCUUACGGCAAAAGUGACUGCUGUGCCCCACAGCUCAGUGCAUUGUGUUCCCUGUCACGUCCGAGUAAGCUUUAUUAUUUACCCAAAAUCCAACUAGUACUCCUGCGCUGUAAUAACACCACAUGGCCCCAGGUUUUCUUUGUGUCAGUUUGUUUGUGCAAAGCUUUAUUUACUCAAUUCAACUCAUUACAACUCUAUUUAACCCUUUUAUUUACCCUACAAAUGAACAAUCAGUUGUAUGCAGCUCGCCACCUCAGCAAAUACACACAUAAAUAAGUUAAUCAUGAAAAACUGUUAAUCACAAAGCUAAAACAAAGACUACAAGAUUAAAAACUGUAUGUGGAAUUGGUCAAAAACAACAACCUAUUAUUAAAUACAUAAUAUCCCUAAAUGUAAAGACUCAUAAACUAAUAAAGCCAUGCAAACAAAUAAAAUGAUGACCUAUGAAAAAUUGUGAAGAUUAAGCAAAUAAAAAGCUCCGUGUAUAGAUUAAUUUUACUGGGAGGUAGAGCAGAGACGUCCUGAAGCCAGCAAUUUAAAUUAAUUAGCUAAGAUGUGUUCAGGUAUAGGUUCAAUACAGUAUGCUCACUGAUUUCUUAAUUAUUUAAAUCCCACCGUUUCAAUCAUUUUGUACAGGUUUGUACUGUACAGAUACUGUUCAAGUUGUUUCUGUUCUUGACUUAUAGGCAGUGGUGUAGUGGUCGUUGAUGAGGUGGGUGUACCACUAGGCAGAUUGGUAGUAGGUUACCGAGAAGGAAGUGGGUAUACUCUCCUAUAUAUUCCAACGUUUUUUGGCUGAUAGGUGGUAUACUGUAAAAUACCAGAAAAAGAGGUGUUUAUGCCCCGUAUACCCGCGUAUACCCUCCACUACACCACUGCUUAUUGUAACUGACAAAUACAAGAAAAUGUGAAGAUCAAUGUAAAAAUUUAGUAAUUUAAGAUUUAAGAAUCUGCAUUUGAAAUAAUAAAGUGAUCAUAUCUA